AUGUCCAGCCAACCCACCUCUCCCGGCCCACUCCCGGGGAGCUCUCAGCAGCAGAAUGAGAACAAUGGUCCUCCUUCGAGCUCACCUCACAGCACGGCCUCUUCCGCGGUGCAUGUCGACGAGACCAGAGACAGAGUGGAUGCCGACUCAUCCUUCCAGAGCAACUCGUCGGAGCGGCACCCCAAGGGCAAGAGGAAGAGAACCGCUGCAAAGGACAAGGCAAUCCUCGAGGCAGCAUAUAACGCCAACCCUAAGCCGGACAAGGCAGCGCGACUGGACAUCGUGAAGCGCGUGUCCCUCAACGAGAAGGAGGUCCAGAUUUGGUUCCAGAACCGGCGGCAAAAUGACAGGCGCAAGUCGCGCCCCCUGUCACCGCAGGAGAUCGCCGCCCUGCAAUAUGGUGGAAUGCAGGUGCUCUCGUCCGACCCGGCUCCCUACAGCAGCAGCCAGCCCCAAAUGUCCGGCCUUCCUAACUCCAAUACGUCUCCUUACCAGCAGCCUUCGCUCCAGGAGGGGCCGGACGCGUCUCCACAAGCUGUCGCAGAGCACGCCCACCCCGAGACGGCGGCCGAGUCCACGGUGGAGUUGCCCGAGGCGCAUCAUAAUCGGAGGGAGUCUGCAGUAUCGAUGGGAGGCGCUGUCAUGUCGUCUUCCCAGCCGGUUGAGUUCACGGCAGGCCAGCCACACCAAUUGUACCGGUCCGCCUCCGUGGGAUAUUUUGCCAAUAGGUUGCAUGCCGGCACGUCUUAUCAGGCUAAUCGCCGGAGCCCGGACUCGCUGAGGCAUGAGUUCCUCUCCGCUGCUGCACGACCGUCGUCUGCGGCCCCUGUGCUCCCGCCGCCUCUGUCAUCGGGGUUCCGCCUGUCCAUGUCCGUGGAGGGCAAGGCAGAGCUUGUCCCACAGCCAUCGCCGCCUCGGCUCUCCCCCUCGGCCUUGUCUGAUAGCCCUCCUGAUCCUUUUGAUCGCCCCAGCCUUCACCGUAGCCGCAGUGCAGCCGCCUGUGUCACCCUGCCCCCCAUCUCGACCUUGACUGCUUCUCUUGACACAAACGCCUCGAACCCGAUAAUACAGGCGCCGGUCUCGCAUCAACCACAACCACGACUCCCCCAGAGCCUCCACCGCAGCCGCUCUAGAGAUGUCCACGCGUGGGAGAUGGCCUGCGAGGCGAACAUCGAGCCCCGGGACGAGCUGACGGCCUACGCGGCCCGCGAAUCAUCGGGAUCUGCCAUCGCCGCCAUCAGCCUCCUGCGGACCCUCAGCUCCAGCUCACACUCCGGCAUCAACCACGGCGGCGGCGUCCUCCAGCCCAACGGCUCCAAGAGGAAUGCGCGCCCGAACGCUCAACCGAACCACAGCGCCAAGAAGCCCAAGCUCAGUCGUGCUUCGAGCAUCGUCGGCCGCCUCCAGACAAACUUUGUCAACACCACGACGGACAAGCCUCCCGUGCGACGAGAGCAGACGCCGGUGGAGGCCGAAGACCUGAAGAAGGGUAAGGUGUCGAUCCUGUUCUCACCCGGCGGCAACGACUCGGACAAGGAGAACUGGAGCCCCGACAAGGAGGGGCGCCACGUGUUCCGCGGCGCGUCACGGCCUGCGAACGGGAGACGUCCGCUGCCCUCGGAGCCGACGUCAAAGACGACGACGGGUCUUCAGAAGCCGCGCAGGAGCGUGGGCCGCGUGCUGGGGGACGCGAGCAACGACAGGUCGCUCCUGGGGCGCGCGAGGACAGCGCCAACCUCGAGGCGGAAGAAGGGCAGCACGCCGGUCAGCAUCUUCGAGGACGGGGCCGAUGCCGGGGCCGACUCUUCCGAGGGCGAGAGCGAGAACGAGGACCACGGCCGGGACGCCGUUGAGGACGACGAGGUGGAGAGGUUCAUGCGCGGCGAGGUCAGUCCGAGCAAGAAAGGGGCGGCUAGCGCGAUCGCGGGGCUGCUGGCCCUGAGCCAGGGGAAUUGGCGGUAG